AGCAGCUCAGGCUUGCUUUUGGCUCAUGAUUUUGGCUAUUUCUGGGUUUUGGGUAAUUCCUUGUUUCUGGAAUUGGGUCCAAUCUUUUUUAUUCUGAUCAUAGGAUUAAAUUGGGUAGAUGGAGCUGGUCAGUUUUAUCUAGGGUUUUGUUCUAACUUCCAAGAUGUUGGAUUUUGAGUUCUAAGUAGUAAAGAAAUCCAUAAUUUGGCUUUGAAUUUGGGUCUUGUGGGUUUAAAUUUCUGGUUGGUAUCAUGGAUUCACCUCAAUCUGUCGUGUCACCGUUCAACGGCUCAUCUGUUUUUGCUGGCCCUGAGAAGCAAAAGGCUGAUCCGUUCGUUCAUAAUCCCGGUUUCAUGUCGAGGAGAAUUGAGGUUCAAAGCAAGGAUUCUGAGGGCAUCAUUGGUGCUCUUGAGGUUUACAUACAUCAAGCCAGGGACAUUCAUAACAUCUGCAUAUACCAUAAACAAGAUGUUUAUGCUAAGAUUUGCCUUACUAGCGAUCCUGAAAAAACUGUCUCCACUCAGACCGUUAAUGGUGGUGGAAAGAAUCCGGUAUUCAAUGAGAAACUCCGAAUCGAUGUUCGGACGAUAGAUUCUUCUCUCAAAUGUGAGAUAUGGAUGCUGAGCAGGGUGAAGAAUUAUCUUGAGGACCAGUUGCUAGGGUUUGCCUUGGUUCCUUUGUCUGAAGUCCUCAUCAAUAACUGGAAGUUAGAGAAAGAGUUCUCUCUCUCUUCAACAGAUCUCUUCCAUUCCCCAGCUGGUUUCGUUCAGUUGUCUCUCUCUUAUACAGGAUCUUCACCAGAAGUGAUGGCACUUCCUUCGCCACCUGCGGCUGGAAAUGUUGUCCAAGACUCGGAAGCAACGGAGUCACAUCCCUGUGAGUUUGACAAUAUUGAGUUCCCAGAUCCAAAGGUUGCAAACGAGAAUCAGCAGAUGGUUUCAGAGUACUUUGCGCUCCCUAACACCAAUUUGGACUCCCAGAGAUCUCAGGACUUUGUCUCUCAAGAUACUGAAAACCAACUUGGUUCAGAAGUUGGUGUUCAUGUUGUUGAAAGCUUCUCAACUGGCACGAUUGAGUCAAUCCAGCUUCCAAAGCAUGAUUCUCCCCCCAACAGCGUGUCUACAACUAAUGGAUUUCCAUUGCCUUCGCUUCCUGCAAAUCCAGUGUCCUCUGAUACUCCAGGAGCUUCAGAAUCUCUGAAUCAGGAAUCAGUUUCGACUCCAAAGGAAAAGGCUAAAAGAGAGGAAGGCGGAGAUUCUGAAAGUAAUGCCUCAGGUGGGGGCCCUGUUGAUACAUUUGCUAAACCUGUUUUUACUGUUAACAUUGAGCCAGAGCAAAAGGUGGUGCAACAGGAUAUUGUAGACAUGUACAUGAAAAGCAUGCAGCAGUUUACUGAGUCAUUGGCUAAGAUGAAGCUUCCAAUGGACGUUGAGAGUGGACCUGCUAGUUCUGAAAAUUCAAGUUCAGAUCAGAAAUCACCAGCAUCGAAGGACAAUGGCUCCCGAGUGUUUUACGGGAGUAGGGCUUUCUUCUGAGCUAAUGUUUCGCUGAUCAGAGGAGGUUACGCAGGUGACUUUAGAAAUUAGAAUGAAGACUAAUUCUCAUGUUGGUUUCAUAAUGUAGUAUGUAGUGUGGUGGUAACUGUGGUGUUAUGUGUAUGUUGGUAUGUUUAGAGAAAGGAAAAUCAUGACUUGUAUGCGUUACAAGCUUUGUACUAUAACUUUGGCUCUUAGUAUAAAUGGAAUUACUCUGUUUUGUUUC